AUGUGGCGGCGCCUCGCCCUCGUAGGGAGCCUGGCCGCCGCCCUCGCCCCGCUGAAGAGCUUCGGCAAGACGAAGGGCCGCGGCAUCCGGAUCCAGGACAAGAAAGGAAAUAAGAAUGAGGCCGUCGUCGAGCUGUUCCUGGGCACCGCGGAGCUCGAGACGGCGACGGUCGGCGGCUUCACGCGGUCGCAGAAGUGCGUGAAAGUGGACGGGUGCGCGAUCUACGGCGAGAUGAAUGAUCAGGACGUGACGCGUCUUUCGGGCUGCCUCGGGGUGAUCUGCCCCUUCGCCGCGAUAACCAUCGCGCGCGACGCGACGGACACGCGAAAGCUCGCGGACGCGCUCGAGGCGGCGCGCCGCGGCGCCUACGCCGUCGGCGCCGAGAAGGUCUCGGGCGACGCGAAGGAGGGGCCCAUGGGCGGCGCGUACAAGACGCUCGAGAAGGCGCGCGGCGCGGUCGGCAUCUUCGGCCUCGACGACAACGUGGCGGCGCCGAAGAACCCGCUCGACGGGCUCACGGCGCCGGAGCUGGCCAACCCGCUGGAGACGCUCCGGGACUGGAACCCGGCGCCCCCGGCGCCCGCCGCGGCGCCGGCGCCGCUGGCCGCGGCGGCCGCCGCGGCGCAAGCGGCGGCGGAGAAGGCCGAGGCCGAGCUCGCGUCGUUGCGGGACGGUCAGUCGUCUUCGGCCUGGAACCCCUUCGCGAAAAGCAAGAAUGCGAUCGAGGUCGACGUCGGCCCGAAGCCGAACUUCUGGGAGGUCGACAAGCUCACGGCGUGGAAGCUCGCGGAGGCCGAGGCGCGCCGCGAGGCCGAAUCGAAGGCUGAGGCCGAAGCGGCGGCGGCGCGCGACGCGGCGAUCGCGGCGGCCGAGGAGAAAGCGAGCGCGGCGCGCGCCGCGGCCGAGGCCGCCGCCGCGGCGGCGCGCGUGGAGACCGAGGCGGCCGAGGCCGCGCGCGCCGAGGCCGAGGCCGAACAAAAAGCCGAAGCGGAGGCGCGCAAAGCCGCGGAGGCCUCGGCGCGCGCCGACCGCGACGGGCCGGCGCCGGUCGUCGACGCGCCGCCGCCGGAGGAGCGCGACAAAUUGCCGCCACGCCUGCGCGCCCGCCUCGCAGCCGAGGACCUGCUCCGCGAGGAGGACGAACGCCGGCGGAAAAUGGCCCAAGAGGCGACGCGGGCAAGCACGCCCGACGAGGGCCGCUCGCGCCUCGAGGCGUCCUUCGCGGCGAGCCCCGAAGCCGCGCCCGCGCCCACCGCGCCGCCGCCGCCAUCCGAGGACGCGCAGUCCGAGUUCGAGAAGUUCCUCGCGAACCGGAAGGCUGGAAAAUCGGACGCGGACUACUGGGCCGCGCGCAAGGCCGAGGAAGCGCCGGAGGAGGACGACGACGACGACUUCUUGAAGACCAUCAAGUACCGACCACCCGAGUAA